GGUGUCUGGGUGCUUUCUGUAUCAUUGGAAACAUUGCCUCUGAAAAUGCGAGGACUGCUCUGGUUGUUAGCUGUCGAAUUCCUGUGCCAUAUUUCGACAACUACCGCAAGCGCUCCUAAGGUUGCCCUCCACUUCAGCGAGGCCCAAAACGUGCGUAAGCUUCAACGUAAUAAUGGUAUGCAAAACCUUGAUCGCCAACUGCGGCAGCUGGGUAUAUCACUAGCCGCUUCAACCGAGGGCCAGCCUCGUCUGACCGGCCUAGACGCGCCAAACGCGUACAUCAUCCCAGCUCAGAGCGGGCCUUAUCCUUCUACUCAUGGUAUGCUUGAGGUAUCAUCCUAUGUCGCUGCUGGUGGACUCGUAAUCAUUGUGGGUGCCGCAAGCGGCGAGGGCCAAGAAACUCGAACUUUUGUCGCUUCCGCUCUUAACUAUAACGGCAACUGGAAACCUUGCGAGCGCAACGGAACGUCUGAAAAGGCUCGUCGCCGGUCUGGAACCCCUGUCGUAAGCGAGCAUGCGUACUCCUUUCUUAUGGGCGACGACUACGACGACAAUGCCUGGCCGCUUACGCUUGAAGACGUGCAUGUACUGACAACUCUGACCCGGUGUGAACACGAGGACCCGCGAGCGGUCGCCAUCCCUCUCUACACGCUCAUGGGAGAUGACAACAAGGUCGCGGUGCAAGCGUUCAUGCGCGCCGGCAACCCCGGUGCCGUGGUGUGGCUGGGCUACAGCUGGCGGGACGGGCCGCAGGAGCGCUGGGGCUUUUUGCUGCACAAGCUAAUCACCGACUUUGCGCUACGAGAUGGUCGCAGCGCUGCCGAGGCGCCCCCUGCCACCCCCUCCCUGGGCGACCUCCUCACCCCCCUCGCCGCCUCCACCCCUGACCCCAGUCGUGGCCCCAGUGCGGUGUGAGGUCAUCCGGGCGCUCGUUCUGGGUGUUGCUACUCCUGCAGCACCUGGCACCUCCGUCACCUGAACCGGACUGUCCCCCAUCCAGACCGCCCCCGGAUCAGCCAGCAGGUGCCACACCCAACACCACCGUCGGCCCCCAGCCCGCCGUCUUUUCCUUCUCCUAAUCCAUCCCCUUCACCGCCCUGGCUUCCCGAGCCCCGGCCCUCCUCCCAGUCCGCCUUCCUCCUGCUGCCAAAACCUCCGCCACCGCCUUCUCCUUCUCCGGUCCCCACUGCCAAGCCCCCACCCCCGGCCCCCUCUGCCAAGUCCCCGUCCCCGGCCCCCCAUUCUCCGCCGCCUCUGCCUUCAUCUUCGCAAGGAAAAAGACAGCAACAACGGGAAUACUAGUAAGCUCAGGAGUAAGCUCAGGAACAGCAUUCACUAUCGGAAUGAUGGUAACGGAAACAGCGGGCGUUAGGCCUUCGCUUGGUAGCUAGCAGUUUAGCCAUUCGUGCCAGUCAAUUAGGCUUCUAUCUCUUGUGUACACUGCCUAUGUGAGGGAUUAGAACCCUAAAAAAGCUAUGUGGGGGGCGGGCGCAAUCACUGGGAUAUUGCAGGUUGGGCCAAGGGCGAUGUCGUGCCAAUGGUGUUGUGCCUGCCGUACGUACACACACAGCGCACUGACAUGUGCUCAUGGGCGUCGAGAUUGUAGUACAUGCGCAUUUGCUAGACGUGCUUUGUCAACGGAAUUUGAUUGCUGCAGUCGUACAUACGUAUUAUGUGAAGUGAUGAGUACUGUACGCGUCUGUCCUGCCGUUGUGGCUUACUGCCUAUACCUCCUGCAGUAAGCACGCAUCUGGGGGACGCGUAGUAGGGUAUAUUGUGCGACAUUUGGAAGACACAUUUCCCGUUAUGGUGGUUUCUGGGCGUAUGCUGCAAAGUACCCUUGCUACAGGGAUGGUUAGGUGUUAGGGUCAGAUGUGCCGUCAUCGGCAUGUUGGCUAGGGUGACGAGGGCUGUGAAAUGGAUUGCCCUUGCCGGCGCAACUAGCAGAGCAGUUUAGACCUAUCGCAUGCCUUUUAUCCGAUAUGAGAGGUAAGACGGGUAGACAAA